AUGAAUGUAGACAUACGGUUUGUUAGCAGCCAAAUCAUCCAUCUGAGUGUCAACCCUAUUGUGGGUGAUAGCUUUGAUUGCUCCUUUCUUUAUGGUGCUACUGACAAGAACGAAAGGGGUAUCAUGCUUACGGAGCUUGAGAACACAGGCACAACCGUGACAAAGCCUUGGAUAGUCAUGUGGGAUUUCAACUGCAUAGCCAAUCUUAAUGAGAGGAUAGAGCAAAAACCAUGUCUUCAUGAAAUUGAACCUUUUCGAAGAUGCAUGGCUAGCUGCGACAUCCACGUCAUGAAAAGUACAGGGAGUUUUUUUACUUGGUCAAACAAGCAAAGAGGAGAGGCCAAAGUUCUAAGCAAGAUUGAUAGAGUGUUGGGAAACCCAGCUUGGGAGUGCUCCUUUCCCACAGCAGAGGUCUGCUUCCUUCUAGAGGGGAACUUCGACCACACACAGAUGCUAGUUCAAUUCCUAGAAUCCCCUAAACAUGCAAAACCUUUUAAAUUCCUCAAUCACUGGGGAAAGCACAAAGAGUUCAUGGACACCAUCCGAGCAACAUGGCACACUAUCUUGUCAAGGAGGCCAAACCACCUUGAUCAAAAACUCAGAUUGAUUAAGGAGGCAUGCAAAGCAAAAUUCAAAAACACAGAAGCAGGGGACUUGGCCAAAGCUGAAGCUGAUCUGCAAAAAGCCUAG